UCCCUCAGGAAGGCUGCUGGCCUAGAUCACUUGCUUUCUGUUCACCACCAUACUGCUGUCCCCACCUUCUGCUUACCUUUAACCUCAAGGCAGUGUACCAGCUCGAACCCUCAGGCCAAGGCUGAUCUGACCUUCUGCCAGAAUGUCAGUGCAGUGAUGAGUAGGUGCAGUCUCACGCAGUGGGACAGCAGGUGGAAUGAAGCGAAGGUCACUUGUUCAGACAACAAAAAAGCUCUGAUGUGUCACAGGAGCGUUGGUCACCAUCCAUCAGUCAGGGGGCUUUUGGAUAAUGCUUUCAAGAGCGUGGGGUGGGGUGCCACUAUGUCCCGGAGUGAGCUUAUCAGCAUCUUUGACAAGCAGUGUUAUGGCAGCAAUAGCUUUCAGGCAAGAAAACCACCCGCUGGCAACAGGGUGUAACUUCUUGGAUAAGUAAGCCACUGGCCUUUUUUAAAGUCCCAAAGUCUGAGUAAGGAUUCUUCUGGCGACCCCUGCUCUCUUUUUCACAUAAAGAGUGAAUGGCUUGGUUAGGUCAGGCAUAGGCUGGCCAUCAGUAGGGCCUUUUUCAUUUUUUUAAAGGCUUUCUGGUGAUCUGGGGUCCACAUAGACACUUCUCCUUCUUUGGUUAGUGGGUACAACGGGCAGCUAAGGUCGCCAACCCAGGUAUCUAGAGUCUGUAGAAGCCAGCAGUACCCAAGAAUUUUCUUACUUGCCUUGGUGUAGUUGGGGUGGGGAUCUGCGUUACAGUCUUUUUCUGGCUUCUUUUAGCCACUGCUUUCUACUUCGAAGGGUGUAUCCCAAAUAAGUAACUUCAGUCUGACACAGCUGAGCCUCUUUAGCUGAGGCUCGGUCUUCAGUUGUCCAGGUUUCCUGUCUAGAUCCUGUCUUUUCUUUUUCUCUUACCACUGUGGCAAAUUUCUUUCUUGUCUACGUACGAUCCCUCCUGUUUUUUUUCUUUUGCCUCUCGCCUCUCUCUCUCUCUCACACACACACACUUUCUCUGCCUCUUUCACUAGAUCGAAUAACUGUCUCCCUCUCAUAAUAUACUUUUUAAUCUCUGAAGUUCCUUUCUGAUAUCGGGAGCUGACUGCUUUAUGAAAGGCCAUGGCCACUGAGGCCUUCUGGGCUUCCGAGGUAAGAUCAAAGGGAGUGAACCGCCUGAAGGCUUUUAUAAGCCUUUCAAGGAACACCGAGGGAGGUUCGAUCGGCCCCUGCAUUACCUCUUACCUUAGCCAAAUUAGUGGGCCCGUUUUGAGGCACCUUGGAGACCGGAGCCUGGCGAUAGAUUUUUAAGCUCUCCCUACCUUUAGCCAUGUUGCAGUUUUAACUGGGGCGAGUCAAAGGAAAUCCCAUGUCGAUCUCAUUUUGUAGCUGUGUAGACCGCCGUUGGCUUCCGGGCUAUUUUUCUAGCCUCUAACAGAAUUUUUUCUCGCUCUUUAGUUUUUAAGAGCAUCUGCAACCGCUGUUGACAGUCAUCUCAAGUAGGCUGAUGAGAGAACAUAAGGGACUCCACAAACCCUGUGAGGCGUUGGGGAUCCUGAGAAAGGGGGUGGUUAAUUUUUCAGUUAUAAAUACCAGCAGAGGAAAAUGACCAGUACUGAAGGGUUUAAAAUUUGGGCGGGUCUACCAGAGUCCGCCCGGACUCUGCGCUCUGCGGCUCCCUGUGGCUCCAUGUACCCACAGUGGUCUACCUCUCGAUGCCCCGAGGGGUUUGGAGUUCCCUGGGUGGCUGGGGUUGAGGCUGUGGAUAAGGGGAAGGUUGUGGACUAGGCCACUCAGGAGGCUUUAUAGAUUUUGGAGGAGCCGAUUUAGCUGGUGGCUCCGGUUCGGGAGAAGCCUUCAAUUUCUUUUGUAACAUGAGAGUACAACCACAAUUUUGAGAAGCAAAACCCAAUUUUAACAGUGAAAACAAUAUUUUCUUUAAAAAUGAACUCUAAAAACAUUACUUGUUACAAAGUUUGGCUGUCCGUUCCUGCACACAAACACAAGAAGGUGUAGUCGCCAAUAUAUCUCAAAAAGACACUACCCUAGAUCUUAUCUUUUAUAAAUCAGAUUUCUAGGAUAAGAAUUACACAGAAUAUUACCCAAUUCAGGCGUAUCUUUAGAGACCUGUUCCCAUUGGUUGUCUCAUGCUGCAUGUUGUAGUUCUAAAUUACUCUAACCCAGAGUUACCAGUUUUAAGUCAACUUUUUGUUACCAAUGUUACAAAUUUUUAAUCAUAACUAAUAACUUAUGAGCCACUAAUCUAUAAUCAAGACAUAUAAAACAUAUUUAUACUUUUGAAACUAUUUAGAAACAAAAAUGAAAUGGCUGUAUACAUUUGUCCAUUUAAACCAAACAAAAUUCUUUUUUUUUUUUUUUUUUUAGCUGUAAUUUCAAGAGAGGAGCACCUUGUCACCUGAUGAAUCCAAUAAUCACAAGCACAGAGAUUUUUGUAGGAAAAACAGCCAUCUGUUCCCUUACCAUAGAACUUGAGAAGCUGCUGGUCCCUAUAAGAGCAGCGUUUAUAAUUAGCUCCUAGCAGGGCUUCUCCAGCCACACUAGAUUCCUAACUACAGGUGCAGGGCUCCAAAGACCAAUUGAUACUGCUUAUUUUAUCCCAUUCUCUCACAUUUCAGGUGUAAACUAUCUCUAGUCAGGGUAUAAAGCACCUAUGAGAAUUACCUUUGCUUUUUUAGAUUUUCACAUAGCUCUAAACACAUACACAAAAACACAUAAAACAGAAACCAACAGAUCCAGACACACUCGACCCUUUCUUGUCCUCCACAAGCAGGCAAAAGAAUUAGACGAUGUUGGAGGGGGAAGCUUCCGCUUCAACAGAACUCGGUCCCUCUGACCGAUCCGGAGACGGCCAGGCGUCCCUGGCUCUCCUUACCUCCCAGGGCGUCCCCCAGGGCCACAGCCUGUGGUCCUCCUAGCACGUCUGCCGACCACAGUCCUCCGGUCCUUACGGCCCAAAAGGACAGCUGCAAAUACAGACACGCGCAUUUCAGAAAACCCCAUCACCCCAUCGUCUACAAACACCGUCGUCCACUUCUACCUAGACGACCAAAACCAGAGAAGCACACUUGUUCCUCACUCUGCAAGGUGUAAAACCAAGGCACAAGGUGGGACUCGAACCCACGAUCUCGUAACCCUGAAACCAAAGCACGAGGUGGGACUCGAACCCACGAUCUCGCAACCCGAAAACCAAGGCACGAGGUGGGACUCGAACCCACGAUCUCGUAACCCUGAAACCAAGAUACAAAUUUAAUAAACUCAGAUGGAUCCAAACUCAGACUUUGCCGUGCUUCAGAAACAUAGGACAAGACACAAACAACCCAACAUGACAAGCACAUGUUCCAAUGUUCAUUUCAGAAAACAGAGACACCGGCCGGCACACACACAAGAGGGGAUCCCCAUACCUCCAAGUCGGUUCACAGGUGUGAGGGGUGGUUGCGUUUCCCGGCCAUCGCACCAAAUGAAAGACCUACAACGUGAGGACUCCCCCACGUUCUGACUCAGGAGAGGCGACACCCCAAAAUCACCAACGAGAAACGGUCUUGCUGCAAAUUGCAAGAGGAUUUUUAUUCAAGAGCGCUCUCGGGCCCACGGUCAUACACCACGCAGGGGUAGAGGACUGUGGCGCCCCGAGUAGCUAAGUAAAGGGGUAUUUAAAGGAAAAAUCCACAACUCAAGGAGGUGGGAAGGGCUUUGUUGGAAAAUACCAAAAAUACCAGAUAAGAGUCACAAGGAAGUACAAAGUCACAGGUGUGUCACAAGAAUACCUGGUAAUUGUUAACUCUCAAGACAGUUUCUAAGAGCCCCUAACAAUAGCACAUUUGCAUUGCAGCUUCCGGUAAUGGUCAGGGUGACUUUCUUUGAAUGAAUACUCCUUGAACUCAGGAAGUGGGUGGGUGGAGGAAUGUCACUAUCUGUUUUAUGAUUAGCAUACCUUGGAGCACUGAGUUUACUACUCUUUCAGCGGCACCUGGUGAACUACAGAAGAGUUACUCUUCUCCGCUUCUGACAUCUUUUUUAGUUCCCGAAGCUCAUUAGUCAGCCUCUGAAGCUUAAUCUCAAACUCUAACUCACUUAGUCGUGUGUCCCUAUGUGUGGCACCUCCCUUUACUGUGUAGCUCUCUCUAGGCCUGCAUCCCCAGCAGUCACUAGCCAACCUAGACUCAGAGAGAAGAUGCCGAAAGCUGUCAAAAGCCCAUCAAAUGCUCUGACUCAAAUAACCCCACUUGAGCCCUGCGCUCACGAUGACAGUGGGGUGUCUGCGGACACUGCAGAAGAGUUCCAGCCUGGAGCAGAGGCGGACAGAAGGACAGAGAAGGUGCCUGCAGAGAGUCAGCCUCCCCCAUGCAGACCCUACCCAAUAAACACACAUAUCUUGGCCAAACUGAAUUUCCACCUGAAAAAAAAAAAGAUCCUAGCAAUGCAGUUUGGGAUUUCUGAAAAGGAAAAGAGAGAAUACAAGGAGCUGGGUACAGCCGACCUAGAGAGCGAAUCCAUCCAGGAAUUUCUCAGAAGUCUACACAUGUCAGAGAGCACACUGCUUCAGGAACAGCCUGUCGCAUGCCCAUCUCUGCCAGCCCCAAAUGCAAAAGGGGUCCACCCUAAAAAACAGCCAGCUUCUGCAGUACAGGAUGUGUGUCAGGCGCAAAGGCCUCCUCCUUCCAAAGCAGUGCCCCAUAGUUCUGCCCAGCAGAGCUCCAAGGCCUCGCAAUCCCAAAGGGAUAAGACCCAAGUCUGUGUUGACAUGGAAGCUGGAGGGAAAAGGUUCAACCUAGAGAAAUCCAAAGUCGUGGGGGACCUUGGAGAAGGGGACGCAGGUCUUGGGUUUUCCCUGGUCGGUCAAAAGACACGCCAGGAUGGAGAGCAGGAGAAGAGGCUCCUGCACAGACCACUCCAGGGCUCCUCACAACAGGGUCACACCUUUCAUCUUGAGGAUGCCUGUCCACACAGUCCCCGGGAGUCCCCUGAGCUCCAGUUCCCAGACCCACCUCCAGAAGUCUUCAUGGAGACAGACUCUGAGCAGGACAUGGAAGACAGUCAAAGCGAGGAAUCCAUUGUCCCAGAACCUGAAAUUCUUUUUUCACUCUAUUAACCCCAAGAUGAAGAGCAAAGCACACACGGAGCCAUCCACGGUCUCUACACCUGGAAAGGUGGCCAAAACCAGUAAAGAAAAUGUUGAUAGGGGUCUGCCUCAUGCCAAGAGCCCCACCAAGAAAACUAAGCCAGAGGACUCCAGAGGGCCCAAGGCCCAGUUUUCGUCCUCUGAGAAGUCAGUGAUGGCCUCCUUAUUAACUGCUCCCCAUAUUGUAGACAGUAAGCUCCGGCCUCGCUCCCGGCAGCUUGGCUCUGUCUCAAUAUUAGGCAACUCCCGCCAUUGCCCUCGGCACUGUCCUAGGUUGGCUUAUGCCACUCACCACAGAAACCUACCCUAGCUCCCAGGGUUUACUUCAGAAAUGCUCUUCUGGUAUUGGAGACCGCCCUGCAUGGUGACAGUUUCUAGGCUCCCCAACCUCUGUAUCCCUUUAAGAGCACAGCAUUGUCAUUUUCUUUGAUGAACAGGUAGGGACUGCACUACCCAAAAUGUAUUUUCUAUCUCCGAAUGAGUUGUCUGUCGUCUUUGUCUCUGCUGUACAUUAUUAAGAGAAGGUAUGAAGGAAAUAAAAAUGCCCUCAUCCUGGGAAGGAGACUUGAACUUACUUCAGACAAGUCAGUUUUCCUUACCCCAACCUAGAAUGUGAAUUAAACACUUGACCAGAAAGGAAGUCUCUCGUGUAUUAUACAAUAAAGAUAAAGAUCAGGCUUGAGUUCCUUCACCAAACUCUGCCUGGCUCAUAUUUUGGGGCCAAAGGUAAAGCGAUAAGGGAAAAAUUGUGAUGUUCUCAAUUUAAUUAUGAAAGUCAAGGGCUGGAAUGAAAAAGAAGUAAAAGAAAUUAGUGACGGCAGAGAACCAUCAAAAAAGAUUCUUCACGGUUUGGGACCUUUCCAUCCCUUCACAGUGAGUCCUUGGAUGUUACAUCCUUGAGUUCUCAAGGUACCUGCAAGAAAAAGGAUAUGUCCAAGCCCUCCACAGAUGCUCAGCCCUCAGGGGUACUCUCGGGCCUUUUCUGACCCAAAACACCAUGUAAGUCAGCCUUUCCCUCUUCCCCGACCUCUCUGAAUGGCAAGACUCCCUGUGAGCGUGAAGGAGCACAGAUUACUGUCCCGUUCCUGUCGCUGGCUGAGUGUGAAGCACUGGAACGCCACCUCCUAAAGAAACAACUAAGCAAGCUUCAGUGGGGCCUGCCAGCUCUCCUCCUCCAAAACCAGCCCUGAAUGCUGUGUGAAGCACCCAGUGAGGCUAAGACAGUAAAAACUUCCUUGGCAAGGAAGCCCUUUUUACAUCCCACCAGGGACAUCUUCCCAGAGCACGCAGGAAGGCUGCUGGAAUUCCACCUGCAGAAGCAGCUGAUUCACCUCCGCUGGGGGCUGCCCCAGAGGAUCCAGCGCUCCAUGAAUAUGCUGCUCUCCUCAACAGACCCACAGUCCCUGCCCUGUGGCAGCAGUAGCUUACCCAAUGUGAGCAUCUCACAGCCUGGGAAACCAGAGGCCAAUGGGCCUGGUGACAUGUUCUCACUCACAGCGGGCAAAGGGACAAUCCCCAUGCCACACUUGUUUGCCAAGACAAGGGAAAUGUUGAAAAGCCAUGUUGAUUCCAAAUGUGAACAGAUCCGGGAGGGCGAGGUCCCGGCCCAAGUCUGGAAAUCUUGGGAAUGCAAAAUUCCUGGAAGCUUAGCAACAGUGGCUCCCUUCCCUUGGAUUCCACAAGGCCAAUGCAGGAAGUUACAGGCAGAAAGUAAAAGUGACCAGGAGACACAAACCUUAUCUGGUACUCUCUUUGAACACUGUAAGAAGCCCCAAUCCCUGCCUAAGGAAACCAUUAAGAAACUGGAGACAACUUUACAUCAUAAGUAUCUGGCCUUCCUGUCAGGCCUGCCUGCCCUUUACUGUGUAGCUCUCUCUAGGCCUGCAUCCCCAGCAGUCAAUAGCCAACCUAGACUCAGAGAGAAGAUGCCCAAAGCUGUCAAAAGCCCAUCAAAUGCUCUGACUCAAAUAACCCCACUUGAGCCCUGCGCUCACGAUGACAGUGGGGUGUCUGUGGACACUGCAGAAGAGUUCCAGCCUGGAGCAGAGGCGGACAGAAGGACAGAGAAGGUGCCUGCAGAGAGUCAGCCUCCCCCAUGCAGACCCUACCCAAUAAACACACAUAUCUUGGCCAAACUGAAUUUCCACCUGAAAAAAAAAAAGAUCCUAGCAAUGCAGUUUGGGAUUUCUGAAAAGGAAAAGAGAGAAUACAAGGAGCUGGGUACAGCCGACCUAGAGAGCGAAUCCAUCCAGGAAUUUCUCAGAAGUCUACACAUGUCAGAGAGCACACUGCUUCAGGAACAGCCUGUCGCAUGCCCAUCUCUGCCAGCCCCAAAUGCAAAAGGGGUCCACCCUAAAAAACAGCCAGCUUCUGCAGUACAGGAUGUGUGUCAGGCGCAAAGGCCUCCUCCUUCCAAAGCAGUGCCCCAUAUUUCUGCCCAGCAGAGCUCCAAGGCCUCGCAAUCCCAAAGGGAUAAGACCCAAGUCUGUGUUGACAUGGAAGCUGGAGGGAAAAGGUUCAACGUAGAGAAAUCCAAAGUCGUGGGGGACCUUGGAGAAGGGGACGCAGGUCUUGGGUUUUCCCUGGUCGGUCAAAAGACACGCCAGGAUGGAGAGCAGGAGAAGAGGCUCCUGCACAGACCACUCCAGGGCUCCUCACAACAGGGUCACACCUUUCAUCUUGAGGAUGCCUGUCCACACAGUCCCCGGGAGUCCCCUGAGCUCCAGUUCCCAGACCCACCUCCAGAAGUCUUCAUGGAGACAGACUCUGAGCAGGACAUGGAAGACAGUCAAAGCGAGGAAUCCAUUGUCCCAGAACCUGAAAUUCUUUUUUCACUCUAUUAACCCCAAGAUGAAGAGCAAAGCACACACGGAGCCAUCCACGGUCUCUACACCUGGAAAGGUGGCCAAAACCAGUAAAGAAAAUGUUGAUAGGGGUCUGCCUCAUGCCAAGAGCCCCAUCAAGAAAACUAAGCCAGAGGACUCCAGAGGGCCCAAGGCCCAGUUUUCGUCCUCUGAGAAGUCAGUGAUGGCCUCCUUAUUAACUGCUCCCCAUAUUGUAGACAGUAAGCUCCGGCCUCGCUCCCAGCAGCUUGGCUCUGUCUCAAUAUUAGGCAACUCCCGCCAUUGCCCUCGGCACUGUCCUAGGUUGGCUUAUGCCACUCACCACAGAAACCUACCCUAGCUCCCAGGGUUUACUUCAGAAAUGCUCUUCUGGUAUUGGAGACCGCCCUGCAUGGUGACAGUUUCUAGGCUCCCCAACCUCUGUAUCCCUUUAAGAGCACAGCAUUGUCAUUUUCUUUGAUGAACAGGUAGGGACUGCACUACCCAAAAUGUAUUUUCUAUCUCCGAA